AUGUCAAUUAGCUCUUCAUUCACUCCCUACCUUCCAAAGGAAUAUUUUUUAAGAAAGAAAAGAAAUGGCGAGGACAAAAGUAAAGCUCCGAAUGGAUUUUUAAUAUUUCGAGCAUGCACCGUAGCAAAAUGGAAAGAUUUAAACUUUCAAAUGGGUGACGCUCGUAACAUUUCUCGUCUUGCUAGCGAUGAAUGGAAAAGGUUACCUAAACACGAAAAAGAGAACUACAAAAAGUUUUCGAACGAAAUAAAAAAGUCUUUGCCACUUAAACCUUCUAAAGUCAACUAUAAAAACCUAAACGAGAAGGAAUGCAAAUCCUACCAAAAUUAUGCUCUUCAUCCCGGCUAUCAAGAUGUAACCACACAAAAUCAUAUCCUCCAGUUUCACGCUACCAGUUAUCAAGACGGAUCCAUACAAAAUCACGCUCUUCAAUCUAAUCACUCCUCCGAACAUCAAGACGAAUCCAUACAAAAUUCUGUUCCUCAGUUUGAAGACGUAUUCUCACAAAACCUUGCUCUUCAGUCCGUUUACCCUGACAAUUAUCGAAACGAUUCCACACAAAAUCUUGCUUUUCAAUUUGAUUACUCCUCCAAUAAUCAAACUGAAUUCACGCAAAACCCUCCUCUUCAGCUUAAUCAUUCUUCUAGUUGUCAAGACGAAUGGAUACAAAAUCCCGCUCUUCAGAUUGAUCAUCCGAACAUCAAGACGAUUCCACACAAAGUCACGCUCUUCAGUUUUAUUACACUUCCAAUUAUCAAAACGACCCCACAAAAAUCAAUCUCUUCAAUUUACUCACCAUCCGAAAAUCAAGACGAAUCCAUACAAAAUCCUACUUUUCAGUUUAAUUACGCCAAAAUGAAUUCACACAAAAUCUUUUACUUUCAGUCUCAAGUAGGAGGAGAUUUCGAUAAUGAACACUAUUUUGAAAUUAUCGAAUAUGGGCAAAAAGAAAACGCCUAUAAGUUGCACAAAAUGUUAACUUUUAGUAAUACUUUGACUAGAGAUCUAAAUUUUUUACCAUCAUAUAAUUACAUAAAUAAUAUUAAAAAAGCGCCACUAUUACUUUUGCCAGGACUUAUAAUUAAUAAUAAUAGUUAUGAUUAUGAAGCAACACCUGCACUUUCUGCACAUUAA